CUGGCCGGCGCCUUCACCAAUGCCGAAUUUCACGAGGUUUCGCAGCUCUCGGAUACUAUGCUUCCCGCUGUUCACACUUUCAGGUUAUUCUUGAACCUUGAUGCUCUUUAGCAGCUCGUCUCAAUGCUUGUGGAAGAGUCUAAGUCAUGCGGUCUCUGUUUUCGCUUUCUCGAUCCCUGAAUUGUCUCGGGUAGCGCCACACUGAGACCUACUCGGCAACAUCUCUUCGACGACUUGUCUUGCAAUUUUCUCCCUCGUUGUGACAUAUACAACAUGACAGAACAGGAUAGAAAGUCUGAUACGUCCGCGAUCAAUGCUAGUAUAUGUUCCUCCCUAUGGAGUACGGUAGAAAGCGAUCUCUUUCCUCCCUCAACCCUGCCGUACGCCAUUAGUACUAUCAAGACAGCAUCAACUUCCCCGGCACUCCCUAUCUAAACGUCCACAAUGCGUCGGUUUUCCGCACCCAAAUUAGCCUUGGUAUUAGCCUUUACACGAUAUGCCGCAUCCCUGCCAUUGGACACUUUUCAAAGCGACACAUCCAGUGAUUCGUCCCUCUCCUCAGCCAAUACCACUUCAUCGACACCAACCGUUCUUUCCACACUCUCCAUAUUCCCUCGUUCUGUCCUGCGGCAUCCCACCAUCCAUCCCCGAGCAGGCAAUCAGUAUGGCCCUAUCAUCGCCUUCGCCGUCAUCGGUGGCCUAAUCGCACUCGUCGUAAUCUACUCGAUAACACACGCCCUCUACGAUCAGUAUCAUCGUCGUCAACAACAACACACAGCCAAUGAAUCCAACGGACCCACCAUGGACAUCGACCAGCUUGCACGAGAGCUCCAUCGCGAUCCUAUCGGUGCCACACUAUGGGACGAAUGCAGAACCCGAGAGCGAAAUGAGCGUAGCCCAGUCAACCGCAUCAGCGAGUCAAACUACCCACCUCCUCCACCGUAUGGAGCCGGAGAAUGCGUUCCAUCGUAUGAUGACAGCGAGAGAAGACACACUGGGAGGUUCUUGGGAUACGUGCCAGUUGUGGAGGUGAACGCGAACAUGCUUACUAUGUCGGGGUCGCGCGGUGGUGGGAGUCAUGGGCCAUCACAUGAUAGGACGACCGAGGGGUAUGUCACUCACACCCGUGUCAUCUCUUCGUAGUUAUAUUUGCUACUCUCUUCAUGUAUCCGGAUCGCACUAUCUUCUCCCUUUGUAUUCAUUCCUAUAACUUUCCAGCAUCUUCGCUCCCAUUACUUUUGACCUUCGGAGCAUGACUUGAAUUAUCUCAGCAUUGUUAUGUCCUUUGUAUCAUGCACUACCGUAUUUAUUCACCACUU